GCUUCAGAGACUGCAGUCCUGAUUCAUAAACGCAUCUUCCCAGUAUCUGAGAUUCCCAAGAGAUAUUCUCCAAAUCCUGUUCGUUAAAAAAAAAAAAAUUAAUUCAGAAGACGGAAGAAAAGGAAAAAAAAUAUAUACAUGUCUAUACAUUGAUAGGAUUCAGAAAGAGGAGGAGGAAAAAAAACUGUCAAGACAUCUAAAAUAAUCAAACCCAAGGAGGAUUCACAGCCGCACAAAGUGUUGAAGGUAGACGUGGCUCCAUCAUGGCAUUGUGAUUGGGAUUAUUUGAGUACAUGGUUCAUCCAUGACAGAAGUUACGCUGAAGAUAUGGGCUCUUUGGAUGAGACAGAUGAACCACAGAACCAACACACGAUGGGAACAGACCAGUCCCAGAACGUAGAACAGAAUCCGCAGUACAGCUGGGCUGCUCUCUGGAAUGUUAUGACAAUAGGGGGCAGUAUUUGUCUCCUUGCCCUCUCACAAAUUCUAGACCUGACGACACUGCAAAGCGGAUUAUGGAAAAUUGAGAUGCCCGGUAUAUUUUUGGUGAUCCUUUUCUUUGCAGUUGCUCUUAUUGGCUCUAUGAUAUGGUAUCUGAGAUCCCACAGUGAGCCAGUCCUCUCGGAGGAUCGUCGCCAGUCAGUGAGCCGCCAACCAUCUUUCACGUACUCUGAAUGGACCGACGACAAAACAGAGGAGUUUUUAGACUUUGACCCAGUUCCAGACACUCCUGUUUUUGACUGCUUAAUGGAUAUCAGAGGGGAUAUCGAUCUAGGGACCCUGUCUGUCAAACCCGUGGGGCUGCAGGAGAGACGUGGGUCCAAUGUCUCCUUGACCCUAGAUAUGUGUACCCCUGGAUGCACAGAACCCUACGCUCACAUCAUGUCUCCCAGAGAGCAGUCAGCCCGGGAAUACCUUGAAACAGCAAGCAAUGUCCUAACAGAGGAGGAAUUGCAUGAGAGAGCUCUGGAUUCAUUCGCUCUCCAGAAGGAAUUUUUUGAAAUACCAAUGAAUUUUGUGGAUCCAAAAGAAUACGAAAUAUUGGGUUUAGUAAGAAAAAACAGAUACAAAACAAUACUACCAAACCCUCAAACCAGAGUGUGCCUUAAGACACCUGGUCAGGAAGAUGAUCCACUUAGCGCUUAUAUCAAUGCCAACUACAUACGGGGAUAUGGAGAAGUGGAAAAAACGUAUAUUGCAACUCAGGGGCCUACAGUCAAUACCGUCACUGAUUUUUGGAAGAUGGUUUGGCAACAACGAUCUCCUAUUAUUGUGAUGAUCACCAACAUAGAGGAAGUCAAUGAAAAAUGUACAGAAUAUUGGCCAGAAAAAGAAUCUGUCUAUGAUGGAAUUCACGUCACUGUUAACCACAUCAUACAGGAAGAGGCCUAUGUACUAAGACUGAUUACAUUAAAGAUCGAUGAAGAAGAAAGAACCCUGAAGCAUUUCUGGUACACGUCAUGGCCGGACCAGAAGACCCCAGACCAGGCACCACCUUUGUUAAAGCUGGUGCAAGAUGUGGAAGAGGCCAUACAACAAGCAGACCAUACUGACGGCCCUAUUGUUGUACAUUGCAGUGCGGGAAUUGGAAGAACUGGCUGUUUUAUUGCCACCAGCAUUCUUUGCAAGCAGCUGAAAAAUGAGGGGAUAGUUGAUAUUUUACGAACCACAAGCCAGCUGAGAUUAGACAGGGGAGGAAUGAUUCAAACAAAUGAGCAAUAUCAGUUCGUUCAUCAUGUACUGAGUUUGUACGUAAAACAGCAUUCUCAUACAGUAGAAGAAUAACGCAGGAGUCUUGGCGCAUUUUUUAUUUCCUUGACGCAUCUCAACUUUACUGGGAUCUCAUUUCCAGCAUGUGGUCAACCUGGAAAGUGGAACUCAGUGACUACACAACUGAUGUUAGCAGCGAGUGGUGAAAAUUUUAAUAUGAUUGGUUAAGGGCAGUUCUAAAAGAACCGAAUAUGUUACACAUAUUUAUGCACGCAUUUAAGAACUAGAACUACGCGUUCAAUUAUGGCUCAUAUUAAGGGACAUCGUUCACAAAAAAACAAAAAACAAUUUCUAUUGUAAAUAUGACUAGUCAGAUCAAUUUGUACCACAAAGCAAGAAAAACCUAUGUGUUUUUAAGUUUUGGUAUUUUUCAGGGUGGGGGGGUGGACACACACACACGUGCACACAGACAUAUGGGAACAGGUGCAAAAAAAAAUUGCUUAUAAUUGCAGUGUUGCGGUUUCAUGCAGAAUUCUGUGACGUGAAUAUUUACGCUGACAUGUACUUUUUUGCCUUUUUUUCUCUGAACUGUUUUUACAUUUUUAAUUACCGAAUACUGUGUCAUAUGAUUGAAAAAAAACAUGUUUAACCUCUGUAACCUAGAAUAUGUUCAUGCCAGCAUUAUGUUUUAGUACCUCACCUUGUAAUCAAACCUAAGUGUGGACAUGUAACCUGUAAUAGCUGCGCAGUCAUGCUUUUAGCCCCGUGGAUGUCACAGGGAAACCUUUUCGAAGGUUUAUUAAAAACACAAAGAAUUGAAAACAGAAUUAUUACAUUUAGGUCAAAACAGGUCAAACUGGCAAACUCAGAUAUAAUCACAGUUUGACUAUGUAAGCCUACAUUUUGUAGCUCUAUCUUUAGUUCACCACAAUUCAUUGUUUUAACCAUUUUUAAAAGCAGAAUACAAAUGUUUUUAGGAGUUUACAGAAUAUUUUUACAGACUUAUAAACCGGGGGAUUUUGAAAUUUUAGAUGCAUCAAUGUGAAAAUGUAAUGAUAAUAUACCUGCAGUAAAAAAUGAUUACUAUAUUUGUCAGACAGUAGUUUACUUCACAAGAUAGAGGGCAUGCUAAUUUUAUUAAGCCUGUCGAAUUACGGGGGGGAAAAAAAACUCUUGAAAUUAAUCCUAUAAUAAUCGUUCAGUAUUAAUAAAAUGACUCAUAGUAUUAUCAAUAAUGUGCCAACAUAUUCAUCAGUGUUGUACAAAUAGUAAAGACAAGAACAUUGAGUUCUUAAUUUGAUAACUGUUACAUGGUUGCAAAUAUCCUGUCAUAGGUCAGGGAAAUCCUAUCAAGGACCUGUUAAUCUAAUAACCGAAAUACAUCUAGCCUUUCGCUGUUGGCACAAUAAAUACAUCGUAUUAUAAUAUGACCCUGUUUGGGGAGUCAGCUU